UUGUAUCGACGUUGUUGAGUCGCCCUGCGGUCCGUGUGUACAACUGUACAAGGAUUAAAAUCGAUCGUUUGGUGUUCUUGGAUCGCAGUUUAUUUUGAAGAUCGUGCAAUCUCAAUUUAUGGAAGAUACUAAGCAAUUAUUUGCCUGACUCGUACAUGGGACUGAUGUAAGGAUUGCUGCUGUCGAGAAUAAACUAUAGAUUUUAAAGAAAGGUUUAUUUCCAGAAUUGACUGAAACUCGUUGUUUCCGUGAAAGUUGGAGUUUUUUCGUUUCUUCAUUGUUACUUUAAUGCACAGAAUAUAUAUAUUCGGAACCUUCGAAACGUUCAAUGAAAUUCGCGCACCGCCGGUAUUUUUUCAUCUUUGAAUCCUUAAAAACAUUUUUGCUUCUAUAUUAGGUCAAGUAACGUAGUUUCAGACACUGGUUGCAUUUACUAUAAGAUAUCAAAUUUCCUUUACUAGCUAGAAAUGGCAUUAUUGACAAAUGCUUUAAAAUUAGGUUUCACCCAGUGACAUGCAUGCUCCGGAAUACGAAGAAGUGAGUUGUCAUUUAACUCCUUGCGUUAAAGAAAGUCAAGACGGCUGCUCAGAUUUAGCUGACCAUAGGCGCUCACAGGACGAGUGGGAGCCCAACCAUCCAAUUUCUCAGCCUGUUGCACAAAAAUGGAAUAAAGACAAUUGGUCCUCGUGUGAGGGACAUAUUGACGCAGUAGCGUUAUCACAUCGAGCUGUGCACUCAAAUGGUGCUUACAGUAUUCCAAACUCUACGGAAUACAUUACAGUGCAACCUGAAUAUCCUCGGUCUACUCUCCCCAGACAUCUGAGUGAGCCCAUACCAAGUACAUUCUGUAGACAGGCUAGCGCGCUCUCUUGGAGGACUGACGAAGUUGCAUCUGCUCCACCCUCCCACCGUUUUUCUUCAGGAAUUGCUUUUGUCCCACUUUCCGAUAGAAUUCCGAGUUUCAUCCGAGAACAUCACUCGUCAGACUUCCUGCUUAUGGCUACUCCGAAAAGUUUUAAACGAACUAGAUCUUGCGAAAGGAACUUACGAUCAUCCACAGCUCAUUCACGAGACUCUGAGGUGCCCUUCUUCGAGGAGGGUAAACGAAGCUCGAUGGCUGUCGAAAAUGAAGACUUCGAGUACUGCUCGGCGUCGCAGCCCCUCCAGAGCCCGUCUCGUGCGGUACCAUCGAUGUAUCACCGCAACAUCGACGCUGUACUUCGGAAGCAAGCGCGACAGUUGAGGAAAACUCGCUCUAAGGACGUUCCCGAGCGGAAAAGCAGAUCAGGAUGCCAGGACUGCAUGUCACGCGUGCCGUACGCGACGCUGAUCGCGACGGUAAUGUGCUGCGUGGGGGUGGGCGUGUUCUGCGGCACCAUGUACCGCGGCACCACGCUCACCAUGCGCAUGCUGCAGGAGGUCUUCCGUCUCCAGAUUGAGUGGGACCGACACUCGGCGAGGGUUCAGCCGGUACAGCUGACGUUCCUGGUGGUGGGGGCGAGCAUGGGGGGCCUAGCGCUAAUGAUCCUCUUCGUGGGUUGCCUGUCUACGGGCGCCACCCGCGCUCGAGUCUACGCUUCCUGGCGCGGCAGAGUGGGCGGCCGCAUCUCCUGUGCUCUCUUCAUGACGCUAGCGUACAUCUUGGUGAUAGUGUGGCUGGCGGUGUUCGCAGGGCUACUGCUCGUCACGAUGCUUUACUCCAUCGCCUGGCUGCAGUGCAGCGUCAUACCUGACAACCAGUGCAUUGAUUACAACCAGCUCGGUUUCUUGUUCCCCGGAAGCACUCCUGAGGAAGACAAGAGAAUUUGUCAGGGGGAGAGGAAGCUCUUCUGCAAGGACUUCGUCAAUAACGCCGAGGUUAUGUUCAUCAUCGCCACCAGCGCCACGAUCGUGGUCAUCCUAUCUUUGAUCCACUACCUGAUGUGCCUGGCUGCUAACUACGCUCACAUCAAAGACCAGGAGAAAUUCAUGGACCUGCAAGACCUGCAGUAUCUCAGGGACAGUUCCGAGAUGUCCACGCUUCCCAAAGACCGAUUCUAGGAUACCGCCCAAGGGAUUUUCUUGCGCAACUCAGAGACUCUUGAUCGCAACCGCCGGCGUCAGCAGAGCAGCGAGCGUUUUUAGUUCUGCUUCGAUUGAAGCAGACCGAAGUGACGCCAAUGCAUACAAUUUGAAAUUAACUUGAUGUUAUUUAUGCUCAUUUGGCAACAUAAUUUUGAGCUAAGAGAGGAAUUGUGAUCGCCACUGAGACGUGAAAUUCUUCAUUAGUUACGAAUUAGCUUUAGGAAUAAUUACAGUACAGAGUGCAUGGACCAACUGAUUUAAUGAGAUGCACUUAGCUUCAAAUACUAAAUUUAAGCACCUGUUAACACUACUAACACAUGAUCUGUCCUUGAAUUUCGCAACUUCCUACGCAAUAUUAACUAAGAGUUGUCUGAUUGAAUCCCUUGGCUGGAUGCUGGCUCUGAAACUGAGGCUUUGUAGUGCCUUCAUUGAUGUCAAGAAAAGUUCUAGUGAAAAAAAAAAACUUUUCUUUCUCGAACUUUUAUUGAGGAGGACGAAUAAGGAAAAGUUGUUCCUCGAAAGAUCAAGAUAAGUAGUUACUGAAUAGAACUUUUUUCCCAUCUACACCCUCGAGUUUCUUGUAAAUUGAAGAUUGCCUUGAUGAAGCUCUACAUCUGAUCGUCAUUCUUCACGAUGCGCACUACAGGUUCAGCUUCAGCCCAAGCAUCCAGGCGAUUUCUGUUCUCAAUUACGUGCUAUUAUUAACUGAAUCGUGUUCUCAAUAGAUUGAUCUAUGCCUUAUCCUGUAUAAGCUUAGCGGUUUUAUGAUAGUUGUGCUUUCCAUGGAUCUUUAUAACCUAUUUUUUGGUACUUUGAUAAAUGGAUUAUGUGUGUUCAUGUUGUUUAAUGCUCGACGUGUCUUGUGCGAUUAGUGUAAGUGACGAUAUCUACAACAAGUUAAUUUGGAGUUUAGUUUCGUUUAGGAAGUUAAGAGUUUUGAUAUUAUACGGCAAUUGUCAAGUAAUGUAAAAUAAAAUUUUGAUUCGCCAAUCUACCAUGAAUAUUUGUCAUUAUCAAACAUUUUAAAAUUUUUUAUUGGAAUUUCGAUGGUUGCUGACGUGUACGAAGCGACUGGGUUAGUAAAUAUCUUAGCCUUAUUCAAAUGUGAAUCUUGUGAGCGUAAUUUACUCCCUCAAAUUGUAUUAUAUGGACUUAUGAAUCUCAUCAGCAUAUUAUUUCAUUUCUUUCAACGUUUUUAGUAUCUCAGGUUUAACUUUAACUUAGUUUACUUGAAUUUUUUUGUGCAUUGCUGGAUAUCAACUUCACAGUUGAGCUUUUAUUUGUCUUACAGGAAAAUUUUGUUCGUCGCCAUUCAACAAGUUGAGUCACGUUUCAUGAGAUAGAUAAAUGCUGAACUCCAAGUUGUUUGAUCGCGGUCGUCGAGACAAAAUUGUUAGAUGUAGAGCCGAGGCAAAUUUUAAUAUAAGUAGCUAUGAAUUUCAGUAGAGCAGAGUACCGGUACUGUUAAGUUCAUUUUCCUUGUAAAUUUCAUUUUAUACACCGAUUUUAUACACCAAUCCAUAAUAUAAAAUUCUUAUGCAAUGUUGGUUAAUGCUAGAAUUUUCUUUCACAAAUAUUGUUCAACAAGUCUAUAUAAUAGCGUUCGGACCUUAGAAAGUUUCUUGGACUGAAAGACUUGUCGAACAUUUAUAGGUUUUAGCGUUAUAAGUUUUUCAACAAGUUUUGGUCGUUUCUUACCGCCAGAGCUAUUUCAAACAAUGCCAGCAUUGCCAUCUUCCUGCCUCACCCAGCUACUGUUCAACAGCUGUCUUUUUAGGCUGCUUACUUCAGAGACUGUAAACACCAUAAUAUACAUAUAUUUCUUCAGCGAUAGCAUGCAAUGGUGAAUAAAUUUAGAUUUUUUUCAGCCCCAUGUCAACAGUUCUUUCUGCAGAAACUUUAGCACACUAUACGACCUUCUCCAAUUUGGCUCGGCCCGUAGUUUCACUGAAAGCUACUUGCAUCAAAAUAAAAUAUUCACUUUAAA